CAAUUAUUACUGUACAGUGUCCUUUAAAUGUGUAUUAAUAAAGGAGUUCGUUCCCUUAGUUACUAUAAUCAAUUGUAAACAACAGGUGUGUUCCACACGUUCGCUUGAUUAGUAAGUAUUUCUUUGUUUUAUUUGCUUUUUAAAACAUAGUUUAAGUCACGAAUUAUGUUUUCACAUAAUUCGGACACAUUAUAUCUAAUUUGUUUCAGUUAAUUUCACACGAAAUUUACAAUGAAUAUAAUACAGGUAAAGGGAAAACAGUGAAUUAUGUCAGUUUGUCAGUGUAUUGGUAAUGUCGGUAUUGAUUCAAUGAUUAACGAACUAUUUCUUUCGAACAUGGUUGUCGCAUUAUAUUAUUUAUACCAUAUAAACUUAGAGUUAAGGCAAUUGGCUUUUCUAUUUUGUAGCUAAAAGUUUCAAACAAUGCUCAACUCUGGCAUGUUGGACCGGGAACUGACGUGAAGAAAGAAUCACACACGUGUUUAGUUAACUUAGCUAGUGUUUCAACAGACGUUUUAACAGACAGAAGGAUGGCCUUACCAUGUGGAGAAGUAAACAGACAACUGCUUCCGGUCAAACUGAUGUAUUUCUUCUUUAUGGCAGGUGUAGGUACCCUACUUCCCUUCAUCCCGGUAUACAUGCGCCAACUGGGACUGUCUGCGGAGGAGACUGGAAUAAUCUACGGGGUCAUGCCCUUCGUCGCCUUCUUCGUGCGGCCCCUUAUUGGGGUUCUGGCUGACAAGAUACAACGCCAUAAGGCUGUGCUUAUUGUAUGUGUGUUACUAACUGGAGUCAUGUACGAUCUUCUGCUUUUGACACCCGCGAAGCAAACGCAUGAUAACUCGGCUCUCGCAAUAACGGUCCACAUGCAGUGUUCACAAGCCGAUUCUUUUAUCAGGGAUUGUAAUUUUGCUGACGAUGGUUGUGAGAUGGGUUUAAAACAAGCUCUAGUCGCCAAUAAUCUUACUGGUAUUUCAAGAAAAUGUGAGUUUCAGUGUUCUGUGAGUAGGAUGUCGAUUAAGGCAGGAAACACGUGCUUCACAGCCGAUGUCGGGACGUUGAGUGAGGUAACGUGUGAUAGUGUUGUGAAUACCGGUCAUGACGUCAUGUUUCAAAGUGACGUUAAGGGUAUACUCGAAAAUGAAAUUCAGAUGGGAAACAGCUCAUAUAGCGGCCACACAUGCACAGAUUAUGAUCUCAAGAAUCUGACUUUCAACGGCACAAAUUACUGGCAACUUUUAUGUGAAUCCGAAACAGUGUUCAACUGCAACUUACACUGUACACCAGAAAUCAGCCAGAAAUGUAUGGGCACUAUCAGUAGUGAUGACAAACUAAGCGAGACAUUUUGGAUCUUUUUCGUAAUAUUUUUGUUCUGCAACAUCGUGUUUGCCCCUGUGAUCAGUCUUAUCGAUGCUAUAGCAUACGAUAUUCUCGGUGAAAAACGCGGAUUGUGGGGCCGUCAACGCCUCUGGGGGACUUUAGGCUUCAUCUUCUUUGCCGUCGCUUCAACGUUCAUCAUGGACGCUAUCAGUCAAAAGAGCAACAACGUUGACUAUUCAGUCUCAUUCUAUAUUUUUAUGGCUCUAACAAUAUGUACGUGCGUGGUCGGGUACUUCUUAAAACUGUCGGAGAACAUCCACUGUGGACAAUUUUUGAAAAACAUCCUAGGAUUGUUAAAAUAUCCCAAAGUCGUUGUGUUCCUGAUAGCUAUGGCAUGUUACGGUAUUAUGAACGGUGUUAUCGAAGCAUUUCUAUUCUGGUAUCUCAUGAUGUUAGGCGCAUCCCAAAAAAUCCUAGGACUCUGCAUUGUAUUCCAAUGUGGGCCGGAAAUAAUCAUGCUACAAUUCGCCGGCAAAAUCAUCAAGCGUAUCGGUCACAUAUCUUGUCUGCACAUCGCCUGUCUUGGCUACGCCAUUCGUUUCUUCUGCUACUCCAUAAUCCCGGGACCGUGGUACGUACUUCCGGUUGAGCUGCUACACUGCCUUACGUUCGCACUCAUGUACGCCGCCGCCUCCUCCUACGCCAGCGUGAUAACACCAGAAGGGAUGUCCGCCACCGUCCAGGGACUUGUCGGCGGGCUACUAUUCGGAUUUGGCAAAGGAAUCGGAAGUUUGGUGACGGGGCAGUUGUUUGACGCCAGGACGGGCCUCGGGCCGGUGUGGACAUUUCGGGUUUAUGGUUUUUUUGCCAUCGCGGUGCUGCUGGUGUACGGGGCCGUCCAUUUCGCCUUUUUCCGGGACGCAUCUUCCGACAAGGAUAUUGUGUCAGAUGAACAGGCGGGAAAAGCUAUUUCAGAGGAGAGUGCUAAAGGCGUGGCGGAGAAGCUGUUAGGCGCAGAGGAAGGUGCAGUCUUGGAGCAACGGGACCGGACUGAACCUUGCUGAGGUAGGGGGAUGUUGGCGAAUUGAUAGGGUCGGGGGUUUGGCCAGUCUUGGAGCUGCUGAACCGGACUGAACCCCGCUGAGGUAGGCGGAUGUUGGCGAAUUGGUAGGGUCGGGGGUUUGGUCAGCUUGGAGCUGUGGGACCUGACUGAGCCCUGCUGAGGUAGGGGGAUGUUGGCGAAUUAGAAGAGUCGGAGGUUUGCCCAGUCUUGGAGCUGCUGGACCGGACUGAGCCCUGCUGAGAUUUAGGGGGAGUUGGUAGGGACGAGGUUGGGCCGGAGCUGCAUUACGUAACUGAACCCUGCUGGGGCGGGACAAGGUGCGGAGCAAAGAACUGACAAGAGUGGUGAUGAAACUCGUGGCCGAAUAGAAUUAUGCCGAGGACCAUGCCGGCUCUUUCUGAAUGUUUGUGUUAAUGCAUAUCAAUGUGAAGCCAAAAUACGACAAUAUGAUCUCAAGAUAUAACCUCAGUUUUACACAUUCCUCCGAUCAUUCCUUUACUAUGUUAUUUUUUAAAAGGUUUUAGUGAGACCAAAAAUGAACAUUACCGACAAGUAUUUCAGGUUUUAUAGUGUUCAUGUUCCGAUUUGUGUUUAAAAGCCAUGUUGUUGUUUAUUGUUGAUCCACGACUUAUAUAGAGUUGAUGAAUUUCUAAAUGAGCUGUCCAUGAUGGGGUUUUUUUCUGACAUUUUUUUAUAAUUUUAAUUUGCUCAAUUGUCAUUUUUCCUAUAUUUGUAAAACUGUGUAAAUAUUGUGUUAUUUUCGGCCGUUGAUAAUAAUAUCUUAUAAUUUUAAAUUGCCUUCUUAUAAUAUUAUAGCAUUUUUUGGAUUUUCUCUAAUUUGGUUAUAUAUUUGCAUAUGGAGACUUCAACAUUUGAUUCAACCAAGGGAUUCAUCUUUAACGUGUUUACAUUUAGUUUGUGUUUAAUAAGUAUAAAAUUAUAAUUGUUUAUUAUGAUGAUUAUCUUUUGUUCUAUGACUUAUUUUUGGUUCAUCAUUUUCAGAUUUUUAACUGAACUGUGCAUGGUGGGCAUUAAUGACGUUUUAUUUAUAAUUCUAUUUUAUUGAUAUAUAUUUUCUGUAUUUAUAUGAGCGUUUAUACAUUAAGGUUUUCUUUGUUAUGUGGGGUCCUUGAUUAUAUACAACCGUACAUUUGUAAAAAUUUUUUUAAUGUUUUUGCGUUUUGAUUUGA